CAACAACAAAUGCGGACCCUGACACAGCCGUUUGUAACCUGAAGUUAACGCUUGCCACAGAAACGUUUUACAUGUGAAUUGUUUUAAUUGGGAGUUGUGUUUUUUUUAGUUAAUAGAUAUCGAAUACAAAUGGAAUCGGUGGUCCAAUACGGCCGAAGAAGAGGCUCCAGUAAGAGAGUAUCUUCAGCUGAGGAACCCAGCAGGGGGAACCAACCCCCAGACCUCCGGCAGGUCACUGUCUUAACCAAAGGAGAAUGGCAGAGGAUUCAAGAUGAAUUGAACCGGGUUAAUAAAGACAAAGAGAGUAUGAAGGAGGCAGCAAAACAGAGAGAGGCCCUGCACGUGCAGUCAACGGAGGUGGUGAAAAAAUGGUCCAAUACCAUUGCUGGUCAAAGGCAAAAAAAGUUAGAGGCAAAAAAGGUCCGUGAGGAGGCUGAGGAGGAGAAAAGGAAAACGAUUGAUAAAGAAGAGGCCAAAUAUCAGGAGCAGCAUCGGGAAGAGGCCAUUGAAAAAGCCAAGACUCAGAUCUAUUUCCAAACCAACCAUGUUAAAGGACUACAUAGUGCCCUCCUGCUGACAGAGGUGCUGAAGGAGAGGGAAGCGCAGAUUGAAUUGAAGCAAAGGAUAACGAGUGCCUCUGAAGAUGUUGACAAAGAAUUACUGGAUCUGGCAAAGACCAGUAGGGAUGAAGCUUUGAGACAGGAGCAGGAGAAAGCCCUUCAGAAAAAGCUGGAGGGUCAGGCUGUGGCAGGGGACCUGAAAAACCAGAUGAAGGAACGUGAGCAAGUGAGAGAGCAAGAGAAGAUUGAGAACAGGAAGGACAGAGAGGAAACCCAACGCCUUCAACAACUCUACCAUUGGGAGCAAAAAAUGGAGGAAGAAAGACAAGCAAAGCUGAGGAGAAGCCUUAUGAACACUCACCUGGAACAUGUCGCCAAUAGAGACCUCAUAAAAGCAACACAUGCACAAAAGCAGGAGGCUGAAGAGGAGCAAAGAAAACUGUUCCUCUCUGCCAAACAAAAAAUGAUGAAGCUACGGAAAGAAAAAGAAAAGGAAUUGUUUAACGAGGCCCAGAUGAGAAGAGAGUGGAUCAUGACCAAGCUGACUGUCACUCAGCAGGAGCAAACUGCCAAUGAGGAGCAGAGGGUCGCAAAGGCUGUCGCUGAGCGGGAUGAAAAACUGGCACAACAGAAGAGGAAGGAGGAGGAGAAGAAGGCUGCCAUGUUGGAGUCAAUUGCUGCACACAGGGAAUUCAUGCAAAACAAGAAGGAGCAGGAGGACAAAACAACCAAACAAGACAUGCUUGACAGACUUCAGGCAAAGAAAGAGGCUGACAGAAUAUUUACAGAGAAACAACAAAUGGAAGCUCAGAAGAUCAAAGCAGAUGGAAGAAAUAUACAUGAGUUCAAUGCAACACAAAUGGCUGAAAAAAGGGACAGGCUCAUGCAGCUGAGAAGAGAGGAGCAAGAGUUUCAGGAGAAGCAGGCAGAGACAGAGGUUAAAGAGGAAAACCAGUUUCAACGGUAUUCUCAGAACCUCAUCAACGCAGCGGCUGAGGCUCAACGUAAUGUGUUUCCACUUUGCAAAGCAGCAGGGGAAGGGAUUGGAGCAGGGCUCUGUCCUGUUUCUAGCUACCUUGUUCAGGAUAAAACUGGGGGUCAAAUGCCCAAAUAUGUCUCUGGUGCCACCCAGAAUGUUGAAAAGCUUAAUGGGGCAAAAGAUAUUCAUCAAGCCAAGAGGAGACUUGGGUUCACAUGGUCAUAGGUUACUCUUG